UAAGGCGGGAGCCAAUCGCAACAGAGUUUGUUGGGAUGCGGCGACAAGCCACCUCUCCCAGUGUCGGCUGCUCAGAGGAGAGGGGCGGUUGGUGUGGUUUCUAUUGUUCGGGAUUUAGGGCGCCAUGAGGGGGGACAGAGGCCGAGGUCGCGGUGGGCGCUUUGGCUCCAGAGGAGGCCCAGGAGGAGGGUUCAGGCCCUUUGUGCCACAUAUCCCAUUUGAUUUCUAUUUGUGUGAAAUGGCCUUCCCCCGGGUCAAGCCAGCACCUGAUGAAACCUCCUUCAGUGAGGCCUUGCUGAAGAGAAAUCAGGACCUUGCUCCUAAUUCUGCUGAACAGGCCUCUAUCCUUUCUCUGGUGACAAAAAUAAACAAUGUGAUUGACAAUUUGAUUGUGGCCCCCGGAACAUUUGAAGUGCAAAUUGAAGAAGUCCGACAGGUUGGAUCAUAUAAAAAGGGAACGAUGACAACAGGACACAACGUGGCUGACCUGGUGGUGAUCCUAAAGAUUUUGCCAACAUUGGAAGCUGUUGCUGCCCUAGGGAACAAAGUCGUGGAAAGCCUAAGAGCACAGGAUCCUUCUGAAGUUUUGACCAUGCUGACCAAUGAAACUGGUUUUGAGAUCAGUUCUUCUGAUGCUACAGUGAAGAUUCUCAUUACAACAGUGCCACCCAAUCUCCGAAAAUUGGAUCCAGAACUCCAUCUGGAUAUAAAGGUGUUGCAGAGUGCCUUAGCAGCCAUCCGACAUGCCCGCUGGUUUGAGGAAAAUGCUUCUCAGUCCACAGUUAAAGUUCUCAUCAGACUUCUGAAGGACUUGAGGAUUCGUUUUCCUGGCUUUGAGCCCCUUACACCUUGGAUCCUUGACCUCCUUGGGCACUAUGCCGUGAUGAACAACCCCACCAGACAGCCUUUGGCCCUAAACGUGGCAUACAGGCGUUGCUUGCAGAUUCUGGCCGCAGGACUGUUCCUGCCAGGGUCAAUGGGUAUCACAGACCCCUGUGAGAGUGGCAACUUCAGAGUACACACGGUCAUGACUUUGGAACAGCAGGACAUGGUCUGCUACACAGCACAGACUCUGGUCCGGAUCCUCUCACAUGGUGGCUUUAGGAAGAUCCUUGGCCAGGAGGGUGAUGCCAGCUAUCUUGCUUCUGAAAUAUCUACCUGGGAUGGAGUGAUAGUGACACCUUCAGAAAAGGCUUAUGAGAAGCCACCAGAGAAGAAGGAAGGAGAGGAAGAAGAGGAGAAUACAGAAGAACCGCCUCAAGGAGAGGAGGAGGAAAGCAUGGAGACUCAGGAGUGACUGUCCUUUAUCUUCACCCUUUGUUACCCAGAGGGAAGACUGGAGCUUAAUUAAGCUAACUGCUACUGGGCUUUACAUGGUAGCAUUUCUGAGGGUGGGGAGACAGGAAGGGGAAAAAAAAAAAAUAAGCUCUAUGGAAGGAAGUGUCAUCCCACUUAGUUCAUAUAUUAACUUAAUAACCAGAAGUCUCCCAUGUAUAAUGAAGCAAGGUAACAACUUUUCUUCAUAAUACUGUACAAUCCCCAGCUCCUGGAAACCUCUUUCAACCAGUACUUUGUUGUUGAAAUGUCAACUGUUCAUGCCUCGAAUUUUUUUUUUCUAAGAAAAAUGAUUAAAGUACUUCCUAGUAGG